UAUUUUUUGAAAACUCACUGCUAAUUUACACUUAUAAAUUUUUCAUGGUGAUUGGUAUACUUUAGUAUACUUUAUGAUUUGUCUAAAAAUAAUGUGGUAUACAUACAUAUAACUAUGCAUAAUAUACUUUGAAUUUUUCUAUUUAACAUAAGCCUACACCUGAAAUGUUAGCAAAAGCCUAUGCUGCUCAUAAACAAUCAAUAUUAAAAAAGUGUUUCAGCGCCUGGAAAUUACAUUUUAUAAUCAAAAAAGCACGAGUGAAUUAUAUGUACAAAAUAAACUUUAUUGCAAAAAUAAGUAUGAAAUUUAGAUUGCAAAAGAUUAUAUUUCGAGGAUGGCAAGAAUAUACACAGUUUGUGAAAAGUAAACAAAAAAUGGCACAAUCAUUAAUAACACAAAUUAAAGACUUCACAGUGACAAUGUUAUAUUUUAAAGCCUGGCGGAGGAAUGUUGCAGAAGCUCGGAAAACAAGGGAUUAUUUUUCAAAAAUGCAAGAAAAGUCAGAUGGUGAAAAGUCAGAUGAUUCAGAGUCUGAAAAUCAACUACUUACUUUAGGUGGUAAAAUAAGCGAUGUUGAGAAUUAUCGUGACCGAUUAUCUGAAUUACCUGACACCAUACAAUAUAAAAUAUUUGGUUACUUAACACCCAUAGAUUUAGCUCGAGCUGCUUGUGUAUCUCAUUAUUGGUGGUCUGUAGUUAGUGAAAUGGAUAAGAAAAAUACUUUGGAUUUAUCGUGCUUUGGUAAAAGGUUAACAGAAGAACUUUUAUUUAGGCUUACAAGAAGACGUCGAAUGUAUCUGCGUCAUAUCAACUUACGUAAUAGUAGUCUGUGUACUUUAAAUUCAUUUCGUUGUUUAACUAGUUGCGCUAAUUUACAGGAUAUCAAUUUAUCCAAAUGCACUCGUAUCACAGAUGAUGCAGUUCGUAUAAUAACUGUUGAAUGUAGUUUACUUCUUUACUUGAAUUUAUCAUAUACUCAAAUUACUGAUGAUUCAGUUCGUCACAUAGCGAUCAAUACAAAAAUGUUACAAUAUUUGAGUUUGGCCUAUUGUACACGAUUAAAACAACUUUGCUCAACUUAUUUCAAUCAAUUAGAAAGUUUCAAGUCAUUAAUUUAUUUGGAUUUAUCUGGAUGUAUUUACAUUGAGUCGGCUGGUUUACAAACGAUUAUUAAAAGUGUGACACAAGUGGAACAUUGGAUACUGAACGAUCUUCCAUGGAUUUCAGAUACUGAUCUUAAUGUUCUUGGAUCUAACUGUUCAGUAAUACACAUGUUAGAAAUGGUCAAUAAUCAAAACGUAAUUAUAUCCGGUUUAAAUUAUCUUUCAAAAACUUGUCUUUUCCAUGAAAAAUCAACUCCAGUCGAUGGUGCCGUACAAAUAAAAAAUAAGCAAAAUAGACCAAUCACAUCUAUUGGUUUAAUUCAUAAACAUGCUGAUUCAACUCUAAAUAAUUCAAAUUCAACUAUUAGUUGUUUAAUUACGGAUUGUGGUCUACAAUCAGUAUGUGGGAAAAGUUUAAAUAAACUCCUUGUUUCAAAUAUGAGUUCAAUAGAUGGAUCUGGAUUGAAUAAUAUUGUACCAAAUGAUAAUGUAUCAAGAAGACAUUCUAAAAGUAAAGCUCAUCGUUUAUCGAAACUGAAUUCUGGAUUCCUUGAAAAUGGUAGUUUAAAUUUACUGGAAAUUUCAUUCGUUGAUUGUCCAAAGAUGAAUGAUAUCCUGCUUCAACAUUUAAUACCUUUGCCGCAUUUAACUGUUUUAAAGUUAAGUGGAUGUGAAAGUCUUACAGAUCAAGGUAUAAAAUUAUUAACUGAUGGGGCAUACGCGGAUAAUUUAAAAGAACUGUACUUAGCAAGAUGUGACAAAUUAACUGAUAAGGCGAUUCAUUUAAUGAGUGCACGACUACUUAAUUUAGCUUACUUGAGUUUGGCAUCAUGCCCCUUGAUUUCUGAUGGAGCCUUCGAACUCCUAGGUCAGCUACAAAAGUUAUGGCAGAUAAAUUUAAAUUCUACUAAACUUGGUGAUCGAGGUUUGUCGGCUCUUGGAUCACUGCCUAAAUUACAUGAACUGAAAGUGUCUAAAUGUACCGCCAUCACUGAUUUAGGAUUGCAAAAGUUUGCACAUCUUGGUAUAAACUUGGAAUUUAUUGAUUUAUCAUUUUGUCACAAUUUGACAAACAAUGGAAUUAAAACACUAGCAUUUUGUUGUCAUUUCCUUACCAGUAUUAAUUUAGCUGGGUGUAAGCUGCUGACAGAUAUGGCUGUACAAUAUAUUUCCGGAGUAUGUCAUUAUCUAAAGUUUCUUGAUUUGUCAGGUUGUGAAUUGAUCACGGAAACAUCUUUAAGUUUUUUACUGAAAGGUUGUAAAAAACUUGAACAUCUUCGACUAUUAUACUGCAAGUCAAUUAAAAAAUGUUUGUUGUAUAAUUAUCAUUUUACAGUUAAUAGAUUAAAGCAUCUUUUUGGUUAAUUUCAUGUAAGAUGCAAUGUCACUAUAAUGUCUGAUUAGGUAGUUGAUAAUUCUCUAUAAUAAAAUUUCCUUCCUUCAAAAGUAUAUAGAUAAUGACUAAACAUUUGAUGGAAUUGGAUAUUAUUACAAUCAGACUCAACUAAUUGAUAGCAUGAUGCUUUUGUCAAUGAUAUUUGCAAAAGGUAAUAAAUUGAUCAUUUACUUUAGAUUUCUGUUAAU